AUGUUGUUGUCCCACUGGUUUCUGCUUCUCCUCUGGUCACUGCUGGUUCUACUGAUUCACUCCCCCCUGACCCAGUCCAGACCAGCUGCUGCCCUCGCUGACACUGACAGUAUCAGUGACACAGGUAAGAGACAUGGGCCGCAUAAAGAUAUUACAUUCUCUCUCUUGCUUGCUUGCGCUCUCUCGGUUGUAGUUAACAGGCAGGGCUGUGUCUCAUUAGCCUUAUGUCUGUGUGUGUGUGCUUGUGUAUGCUCACUUGUGAGCCUUCUUUUCCUCUUUGUUGUUUAAUCUCUUUCAUGUCAGGCAGGGGGUUCUAGGUUCAGGCUGAGGGUUCUAGGUUCAGGCUGGGGGGUUAUAGGUUCAGGCUGGGGGUUCUAGGUUCAGGCUGGGGGUUCUAGGUUCAGGCGGAGGGUUCUAGGUUCAGGCUGGGGGUUCUAGGUUCAGGCUGGGGGUUCUAGGUUCAGGCUGGGGAUUCUAGGUUCAGGCUGGAGGUUCUAGGUUCAGGCUGGGGGUUAUAGGUUCAGGCUGAGGGUUCUAGGUUCAGGCUGGGGGUUCUAGGUUCAGGCUGAGGGUUCUAGGUUCAGGCUGGGGGUUCUAGGUUCAGGCUGAGGGUUCAGGCUGGAAGUUCUGGGUUCAGGUUGAAUGUUCUGGGUUCAGGCUGAGGGUUCUGGGUUUAGACUGAGGUUUCUGGGUUCAGGCUGCUACCAUGGUGGUUCAAUCCCACUGACUGUGUUCUGCUAUCUGGAACUGUUCCGUUAGUAGUGGGUCUCUAUUCUGAGCUAGAGAACAGAACAUACACUUCAAUUUAUGGGUGUCUGCAUGUGUGUUUGGGGUGGGGGGGGGGGGGGGGGGGAUUCUAUAUUGAGCUUGAAAGUAACUCAAUCUUCAAGGUUUGUCCAUUUAGUUUAAAGCUGAGGAUGUUUACAGUAAUUUUUCAUGGUGCUAUGGUUUACAUAUCCUGUCCACACACACACACACACAACUGGUUGGAUGUGGAACAGAAAUUCUGUUUUUGGUAGGAAAGGAUGAAUGCCGUCUGAAAGGAGCUGCUUUUAUUUGUGUUGGCGAAUCCUGUAACCACAACCAUCCUGACCAGCCCUAACACCCUGUGUUGUGUGCAUGCGUGUGUUUGUAUGCUCAUGCAUCUGUGUGUAUCUGUUUGUGUGUGUGUGCUCGCACGUUUGUGUGUGUUUUGCUUCCAACCAUCUGGUAUCCAGCUGAGAGUGUGUGUGUGUGUGGAUGUGAUACUGUUGUUUUGGAACACAUACAUUCUUGUUUUUCUCUCUUAGUCAAAAAUGUAACUUUUGUGCAGCAAACUCUUUUCCAUAAACAAAGCCUGCUUCCAAUUUCCCAUCUCCUUCUCGCUGCUUCAUUCAAAUAAAUGUUUAGGUUUUGGGAUUUCAACUAACUCCCCCUGCUUUUCUUUCUUUUAGUGGAUUCCUUUCUUUUUUUCAGUUCUUUUUUCACUUUUCUUUGUCUUUAUCCUCUCUCUCUCUCUCUCUCUCUCUCUCUCUCUCUCUCUCUCUCUCUCUCUCUCUCUCUGUCUAUUUCUGACAACCUCUCAUUAGUAAUUUUCCCCCUGCUAUGAGCAGGCAGUAUUCAGGACCUCCCAAAAUGCAGUUUUUGUAGACCUCUCCCUGUAGAUGACAGACAUGCUGCAUUCAAGACCUCCCAUAAUGCAGUCUCUGUAGACCUCUCCCUGUAGAUUACAGACAUAAUGUAGUGAGUUUGGGGGCUGGGAUUCGGGGAUAGUCUGUGGUGAUGCUGAUUAUGGACCUAAUCUCUGUAGAUUAUAGGAGAUAUGAUGACUGUUUUUCUGGUCUAGGUCCUGCUGAGAGGUGGGGAGGUACGGAAUCUGUGGCAGAAAUGUCCUGAGUUAGUAAUAUAUUAGUAAUAUAUUGCAUAGUAAUCAGUAUUCCUGCUGAGAGGUGGGAGGUACGGAAUCUGUGGCAGAAAUGUCCUGAGUUAGUAAUAUAUUAGUAAUAUAUUGCAUAGUAAUCAGUAUUCCUGCUGAGAGGGGAAAAGGGAUGUGUGGUAGAAAAUGUCCCUGCUUAUAGUAAUCACUGAUCUGACGUGGCCGGAUCUGUGAAUGCUGUGGAAUGGAACCUGAUCCGACUGUGUCUAAUGGUAGAAGGAAGUAGGCUUUUUCUCAUUCAACGUAUUCAAACAGGACCCAUUAAAGCUCUGAAACCUGCUGCUUUUCCCUCCUCUUCCCCAACUCACCCCUCCUCCCCCAACUCACCCCUCCUCACCCUCACAUCCCUCCUCACCCUUUGUUCACAACCAUUUGUCAGGAUGAAGGUGCUGAUGAUUAGUGUGUUUGUUUAUCUCUGAGCUGGGGGUUAGGGAGCUACAGGGGAACUGUGUGUGUGUGUGUGUGUGUGUGUGUGUGUGUGUGUGUGUGUGUGUGUGUGUGUGUGUGUCACCUUAAAGGGGUAAAAAGGUGAAAGGUUAAUCUUUAAGCCGUUUCCCUUUUCACUCAGCGGGAGCAUCCCAGACCCCCACAGAGUAACCCCGCCUCAGCCCUUCCUGUUUAAACACACACACACACACACUGGUUUCUAACUCUGGUUUACAUUUUCUUCUCUCUCCAUAGCUGACAUGCUGGCAUCGUCUGAGGAUGAAGAGGAUGAUGAGUCUUCUUCAGAGGAAAAUAAACUAUCCAACAAUCAGAAGCUCCAAUGUAAGCUCCUUCUCCUGUCCUCUUUCCCCCGCCACUCUCCUUUCUCUCCCCUUCACUUCCUCUAGCUUAAUUGGUAUGAAAAAGUAGUCACUAGCCAAACCAACUUAAGAAAGAUUGAUAUUGAAUAUUUUUUUUUUUAAAUAUAAGUAUCUCUCCCUCACUCUCUAGUGAUGGCUCCUCAGUGGGCGACUCCAGACAAGAUGGAGAAGAGGCUCCAUGCCGUUCCUGCCAGUAAGACUGUUAAAUUCCGUUGCCAGGCGACUGGUAAUCCCACACCAACUUUGCGGUGGUACAGGAAUGGGAAAGAGUUCAGGAAAGACCAGCGCAUUGGAGGCUUCAAGGUAUGUGUUUUUGUACAGCCCUCUGCUACAUACUGUGUUGCCUGUUUAGUUGUGUAUCAUCUGUUAAUGGCCCAGUGCAGUCAAAAACGUGUACAAAACAUUACGGACACCUGCUCUUUCCAUGACAUAGACUGACUAGGUGAAUCCAGGUGAAAGCUAUGAUCCCUUAUUGAUGUCACUUGUUAAAUCCACUUCAAUCAGUGUAGAUGAAGGGGAGGAGACAGGUUAAAGAAGGAUUUUAAGGAAGGUGUUCGUAAUGUUUUGUACACUCAGUGUAUACAUUUCCACACUGAGGUUGGAAUAAUACUGUGAAAUUGUGAAAGUUAUAUGAAUGUCCUUUUAGUGGAAGAGCUGUGUGAAAAGAACGCCUGAAAUUUCAGCCUGUUUUGGUGGGAUGGAGUUUUGGCCUGCCUGGUGACAUCACCAUGCGAUAAAUUAGUUAAUAGAUCAAUAAGACAGAGAGUUCCAAACCUCCCUGCCAAUAACAGCUAGUUUUCAUUGUUUCCCUACCCACUCAGACCAAUCCCAGACAGUCCUAGCAAAAUUCUUGCUUCAGAAAUUACUCUUGCUAAGAAGCAAUUUUUGUUUCUUUUUGAUUAAAAAAAACAAAAAAACAAUCACACUAAGGUACGUAAUUGUUACCCAACAUUUUUUAUUUGAUAUUGAGAUAGAAAUGGCUGCAUUGAGCCUGUAAGUCAGCAGGUAAGUAGUAUACCUUAAAAGCAAAUAUUACAGUACCAAGGGGUACCAUGUAAAAAGGUAACAGCAGGGGUCCAAGCACUGAGCCUUGGAGAACACCAAAUUGUACUUAUUUCUACUUUAAAUUACAAACACCACACAAAAUGUGUAUUUUUCAUGGCUAUUCUCACGUUUUCACUCCUUUGCCUCUUUCUCUCACUCUCUUCGUCUCUCGCUCUCUCCCUCUUGCAGCUCCGGGACCACAUGUGGACUAUAAUAAUGGAGUCAGUUGUUCCGUCUGAUAAAGGCAACUACACCUGUCUUGUGGAGAACAAGCACGGCAGCCUCACACACACCUACCAGCUGGACGUAGUGGGUCAGUAUGUGUGCAUAUAUAAAUAUAUGUUUACUCUUGAUGUAUGUACAGUGGGGGGAAAAAGUAUUUAGUCAGCCACCAAUUGUGCAAGUUCUCCCUCUUAAAAAGAUGAGAGAGGCCUGUAAUUUUCAUCAUAGGUACACGUCAACUAUGACAGACAAAAUUAGAAAGAAAAUCCAGAAAAUCACAUUGUAGGAUUUUUAAUGAAUUUAUUUGCAAAUUAUGGUGGAAAAUAAGUAUUUGGUCAAUAACAAAAGUUUCUCAAUACUUUGUUAUAUACCCUUUGUUGGCAAUGACACAGGUCAAACGUUUUCUGUAAGUCUUCACAAGGUUUUCACACACUGUUGCUGGUAUUUUGGCCCAUUCCUCCAUGCAGAUCUCCAAAGAUUUUCUAUGGGGUUGAGAUCUGGAGACUGGCUAGGCCACUCCAAGACCUUGAAAUGAUUCUUACGAAGCCACUCCUUCGUUGCCCGGGCGGCGUGUUUGGGAUCAUUGUCAUGCUGAAAGACCCAGCCACGUUUCAUCUUCAAUGCCCUUGCUGAUGGAAGGAGGUUUUCACUCAAAAUCUCACGAUACAUGGCCCCAUACAUUCUUUCCUUUACACGGAUCAGUCGUCCUGGUCCCUUUGGAGAAAAACAGCCCCAAAGCAUGAUGUUUCCACCCCCAUGCUUCACAGAAUGUAUGGUGUUCUUUGGAUGCAACUCAGCAUUCUUUGUCCUCCAAACAUGACGAGUUGAGUUUUUACCAAAAAGUUCUAUUUUGGUUUCAUCUGACCAUAUGACAUUCUCCCAAUCCUCUUCUGGAUCAUCCAAAUGCACUCUAGCAAACUUCAGACGGGCCUGGACAUGUACUGGCUUAAGCAGGGGGACACGUCUGGCACUGCAGGAUUUGAGUCCCUGGCGGCGUAGUGUGUUACUGAUGGUAGGCUUUGUUACUUUGGUCCCAGCUCUCUGCAGGUCAUUCACUAGGUCCCCCCGUGUGGUUCUGGGAUUUUUGCUCACCGUUCUUGUGAUCAUUUUGACCCCACGGGGUGAGAUCUUGCGUGGAGCCCCAGAUCGAGGGAGAUUAUCAGUGGUCUUGUAUGUCUUUCAUUUCCUAAUAAUUGCUCCCACAGUUGAUUUCUUCAAACCAAGCUGCUUACCUAUUGCAGAUUCAGUCUUCCCAGCCUGGUGCAGGUCUACAAUUUUGUUUCUGGUGUCCUUUGACAGCUCUUUGGUCUUGGCCAUAGUGGAGUUUGGAGUGUGACUGUUUGAGGUUGUGGACAGGUGUCUUUUAUACUGAUAACAAGUUCAAACAGGUGCCAUUAAUACAGGUAACGAGUGGAGGACAGAGGAGCCUCUUAAAGAAGAAGUUACAGGUCUGUGAGAGCCAGAAAUCUUGCUUGUUUGUAGGUGACCAAAUACUUAUUUUCCACCAUAAUUUGCAAAUAAAUUCAUAAAAAAUCCUACAACGUGAUUUUCUGGAUUUUUUUUCUCAAUUUGUCUAUCAUAGUUGACGUGUACCUAUGAUGAAAAUUACAGGCCUCUCUCAUCUUUUUAAGAGGGAGAACUUGCACAAUUGGUGGCUGACUAAAUACUUUUUUUCCCCACUGUACAUAGUGGUGUGGGUGUGUAUAUGCAGUAUAUGAGUGUUUUUGUAUCACUCACGUUGCAUUUAUGUUUUCUGUGUAUUCUAGAACGUUCCCCUCACAGGCCCAUCCUCCAGGCAGGCCUGCCAGCUAAUCGUACGGCGGUGGUUGGUAGCGACGUGGAGUUUGUCUGUCGAGUUUUCAGCGACCCUCAGCCCCACAUCCAGUGGCUCAAACGCAUCACUAUUAAUGGCAGCAGAGUGGGACCAGAUGGACUGCCUUACGUACGCAUACUGAAGGUACACACACACACAUCUACAUACACAUUCUGAAGGUUAACACACACUGUAUUCACAAGGGCUAUCUCACAAACAUCUCUCUCUUUCUCUCUCUCUCUCAGACUGCAGGGUUUAACACCACGGACAUAGAGAUGGAGGUGUUUACUCUGAGGAACGUGUCUGUGGAGGAUGAAGGAGAGUACACCUGUCUGGCAGGAAACUCUAUAGGACUGUCUCACCACUCUGCCUGGCUCAGUGUGAUCAAAGGUACACACACAAAAAUAAACUAUUCUAAACUUUAUUCACCUUGUGUACAAACCUUUGCAGCCCAAUGUGCUUUAUACAUUUGCACUUAAAAUGGAAGAAGAAAACGGAUCAAAUGUUUAAAAAGUAAAUACAAUAAAAGUUCCCUCUCCUCCAGACCUGCCCCCCUCCCCCGUCCCAUCUCAGGCCUACCUGGAGAUCUUAAUCUACUGCGUCGGUUUCUUCAUCAUUAUGCUCAUGGUCGCCAUAGCGACCGCCUGCCGACUACGCUGCUCCCCGAAGAAGAGCGACUUCAGCAGCCAGCUGGCCGUUCACAAACUGGCCAAGAGCAUUCCCCUACACAGACAGGUAACACACACAUACUAGUGAACCAUGAUCGUGUGAUGCGUAACCUUUGCCUGAGACAUGAAUACUUUUUUUCCUGAGCAAAUCCCUAGGCUUUAGUUCAGUGGGCUAACUCUUAUUACAGUAUAUCCUCUGUCACUGCCUCCCCCUCUCUUUCUCAAGGUGUCAGUAGACUCCUCCUCCUCUCUGCAGUCGGGGGUGUGUCUGGUUAGGCCGUACCGCCUCUCCAGUGGAGCCACACCCAUCCUGACCGGCGUGUCAGUGUAUGAGCUGCCCGCAGACCCGCUCUGGGAGCUGUCACGAGACAGGUACUAGAGGGCUUAUAUCCCUGCAUAGAGAAUACACAACCGAUAAUAUCGGCAUACAUAACAUAAGGCAUGCAUAACCCUACAUAUGGCAUACAUAAUCUGCAUAAGGUGCUCAUAACUUAACCAAGGAGAUUCAUAACCUCCAUGCACAGGACAUUCAUAGCCUUGCGUGUCUGUGUUCUAGGCUGUCUCUGGGGAAGCCGCUGGGUGAAGGUUGUUUUGGUCAGGUUGUGCAAGCAGAGGCUGCAGGUCUGGACAGAGAAAAACCCUCUCGUCUCACCAAGGUUGCCGUCAAGAUGCUCAAAGGUACAUGAAACUACUUCCUGAAAUAUAUUACUCACAUUUAAGGAGAAAAUUGAAAUAAACUGAAAAACAGUGUUUGUAUUGGUUGAUAUUGAUUUGAUGUCACAUCCUGUUUCCUGUGUAGCGGACGCCACAGAGAAGGACCUGAGUGAUCUGAUCUCUGAGAUGGAGAUGAUGAAGAUGAUCGGGAAACACAAGAACAUCAUCAACCUGCUGGGAGCCUGCACACAGGAUGGUAAUACUGGUGCUGUGUGUAUAUGUGUGUGUGUGUGUGUGUGUGUGUGUGUGUGUGUGUGUGUGUGUGUGUGUGUGUGAGUGUGUGUGUGCGCAUGCAUGUGUCCGUGUGUGCGUGUGAGUGAAAUAGCAUUUUAUUAGCACAAAGGAGUACAAUGGCCACAGAACCAAGGGGUAAAGAUAACAGCAGGGGUCCAAGUGCUGAACCUUGGGGAACACCACAUUUUUUAUUAUAACCCUUCUCUCUCUCUCUAGGCCCUCUCUACGUGGUGGUAGAGUAUGCGUCUCAGGGCAACCUGAGGGAGUACCUGCGUUGUCGGAGGCCUGUGGAUCUGGAGUACUGGUCUGGGCCAACCCAGGCCCCCCUGGACAGCCUGGAGGUCAGGGAGCUGGUGUCUGCUGCCUACCAAGUGGCCAGGGGCAUGGCCUAUCUCGCCUCACAGAAGGUCAGAGAAGAGACCAGUGUCUGUCUUUCUGUCUGUCUCUCUCUUCUCUUCUCUGUUUCAUUCUCUUCAUCUGCAUCUAUUAUUUUCUCUUACUCUACCUCUCCCUUUAGUGGACAUUAGUGGAAAUCAGUCAACCAAUAAAUGAAUCAAUCAUGUUUUUUUUUGUAGUGUAUCCACAGAGACCUAGCAGCCAGGAACGUGUUGGUGACAGAGGACAAUGUGAUGAAGAUAGCAGACUUUGGUUUGGCCAGAGACAUCCACCACAUAGACUACUACAAGAAGACCACCAAUGUGAGUAACAUGAUCACAGUGGAGCGAGUAGACGACUGAAAUUCAGACAGAAAGACAGAUAUAUAGAUGGUUUAACCCAGACACUCAGCCCUCCGUGGAAUGAGUUUGACACAUGAUUUAACCCCUUGUUUUCCUCUCAGGGUCGUCUACCAGUGAAGUGGAUGGCUCCAGAGGCUCUGUUCGACCGCAUCUACACACACCAGAGUGACGUGUAAGUCACACUCCUAACUCCUAAUAUACAUUAUGUGGUGUUGUGCCAUGGUGUUGUGCUAUCCAUCCUGUUGUUAUGUGUCUGUAGGUUUACUUUCAAGCCCAGCAAUAACUGUCCCUGAGAAAGUGAUGAAGUUCAUUGUAUUGAAUUCUGUUGUAGGUGGUCGUUUGGGGUGUUGCUGUGGGAGAUCUUUACUCUAGGAGGGUCUCCCUACCCAGGGGUUCCUGUAGAGGAGCUGUUCAAACUGCUGAAGGAGGGACAUCGGAUGGACAGACCAGCUGCCUGCACAGAGGAGCUGUGAGUACACACACACACACACACACACAAGUAUACUGUAAGAAUGUCCUGGCAAGGAUAGUAACAAACACACGCUCUGUUCUAACACUGUGGUGUGUGUUCUCAGGUAUAUCAUGAUGAGAGACUGCUGGCACGCUGUUCCAUCUCGCAGACCAACCUUCCAACAGCUGGUAGAGGAUCUGGACCGCACACUAUCACUCAUGACCAACCAGGUAAACAAACACACACACACACACGCGCGCGCACACACACACACAGUGUCAUUUUCGUAUCAUUUGAAUUGUUCCCCUAAACGUGUCCUCCCUCCAUCUCUCUCAACUCUCUCUAGGAGUAUUUGAAUCUGUCCAUCCCUGAGGUCCAGUAUUCUCCAUUGGGUCCAGACACCAGCAGCUCCUCUGACUCUGUCUUCUCCAGGGAGACGACUCACGGAGCAGAGUACUCUCCCCUGAGCCCGUCCUGGACCUCCACCCUGGCCUACGCACACCACACACCUUCCCGAACCCCGUCUCGGACCUCCACCCUAGCCUAUGAUCACCACAGCCCCUCCCGAACCCCCUCCAGAACAUCUACCCUGACGUACACCAUCCCCACCCAGCACAGCACCACCCGCGGUCACAGCCAACGCUGA